CUUGCCUUGAAUUAUACUGGACUUGACAGUAGUGUCCAUAAUGAACUGGGGGCAAAACACUUGACAAAUCCCACCAAACCACGUGACUAUGGCGGAGAGUUUCUCCACUGGGAUGAAUGGAGAAGCUCCAGAAAGGAACGUAAAGAUCUCAGCAGUCAUAGUCGUGCACGGUGGGGCAUGGGCCAUACCGGAUGACCUGGCCGAGGCUUCUGUUAACGGAGUAAAGGCUGCAGCGCGUGAAGGGUUUUCAGUGCUGAAGAGAGGAGGAAGUGCACUGGAUGCUGUUGAGGCAACUGUGAGGGCUCUGGAAGAUAACCAUGUGUUUGAUGCAGGGCACGGAGCAGCGCUAAAUGCUGAUGGAGAAGUGGAGCUGGAUGCCAUCAUCAUGGAUGGAAGGACACUUGCCAGCGGUGCCGUGUCUUCAGUGAAGAACAUCGCCAAUCCCGUGUCACUGGCACGGGCGGUGAUGGAAAAGACAUCCCACGUCAUGUUGACAAGCAGCGGUGCAAACCAGUUUGCAGAGAGCAUUGGCAUGGCCACAGUUCCCACUGAUACACUGGUGACUGAGUAUGAGAGGAGAGAGUGGACGAAGAGCAAGACUUAUGUUACUGGCGUGAUGGAGGAUUUCAACUCUCAGUGGGCUCAUGAUACUGUUGGGGCAGUUGCUGUGGACUCUGCUGGCAAUGUUGCAUGUGCAACAUCAACUGGAGGGAUCAGAAAUAAAAUGGUUGGCAGAGUGGGAGACUCUCCGAUCAUUGGCUCUGGAGGAUACGCAGACAACUUCAGUGGUGCAGUGUCUUGUACCGGUCAUGGAGAGUCUAUCCUCAAAGUCACAUUGGCCAGACUCAUUCUUUCUCACAUUGAACAAGGUAAAUCCGUAGCAGAUUCCUCCCAGUUGUCUCUGCAGUACAUGGGAGAGCGUGUCCGUGGUGCAGGAGGUGCUAUUGUUGUUUCUCCGUCAGGAGAGUGGGCAGCCACAUUUACCACAGAGCGAAUGGCUUGGGCAGCAGUGGACGAGGAUGUUUUGUGGUAUGGAUUAGAACCAAAGGAAAGAUUAAAAGAGCAGCUAUCCGAAUAACCCUUUUUACACAGUUUUUAAUCCUUAUUAGUCAUAGUAUGGAGCCAGAUAAUAGGGAACUGUAUUUCUUAUGUGUUUUCUACUAAUUCACUAUGGUUUGGGUCAUGCAGGGUUGUCUUUGUGGACAUUUGCUACUGAUGUUUGUAGCCAAAUUUAAUGAGUAGUGUUUUCUUCUUUCUAAUCUGUGAUGUCAAAGCUAUGUACUGUACAGUACAUUAUGUACAGUGAAAUCUAAACUGUAAAAAUGAAGAUGGUGGAUAUUAUUAUUAGUAUUAUUAUUGCAUAAGUCUUAAGGUCUGUUUUUUGAGCAGCUAGUCCAUACAUUUGACUAGUUUUUCUCAUCCCCCCUAAUUCUGAAUUGCAUAUCACUGCAAAAGUGCAAAAAAAAAUAUAUUUGUCUAAUUACUAGUCAAAAUAUCUCGUAAAACUUAAUAUAAGACACAAUCACCUAACAAGUAACACUUCUGUGAGAUAUAGGGACUUGUUUUUAGACAAGGUGUUUUGAAUAUCUUAUCUGGACAAAAUUCUACUUUUGAGCAUUACAGGCACACAACACUUCCUAAUACUAGCGAAAUAAUGCUCAAAAUAGUUUUCCCAGCUAAUUUCCUUCUCUUUCUAAUCUCUUUUUACAUUGGAAGGCCUAAAUAUUACAUCUUAUUUCCAGAAAUCUUACCAAGAAUUUUCACUUUUUUUUUUUUUUUUUUAACUUAUUACAAGUGAAAAAAAAACUUGUAUUCAUUUUUAAAAAUAUUAUUUUUACUUAUAUUUAGAGUGGCCUUUUUCCAGUGCUGAUUUAGUUUAGUUUAUUUCUCCAAAUUUGUGUUUCUCAGCCCAGAACUAACUCCACUCUUGCACAUCUGAUCCAAUUAACGUCUCAACAUUUUACAUGACAUGUUUAUCAGCUCAGGUGUGUAAAAGCGAAGCAAAGAACUACAGGGCUGGUGGCUCUCACCUAUUAAAGGUACAGAAUGUGGACAAUACAACUACAUUGAAUAUUAAAGUAAUUAAAGAUGUAUCUGUGUAAAUGCACUAUUCUCAAACUUGAUAGACUGUCAAUUUACGCCAGUAUUCAUAGUCAUGGUUGCAUGUAGUUCAGUCUGACCAUACUGUAGUGUGCCUUUUUAAAUUCAACUUAAACGCCGUCUUUGAUUAGGGGUUUUCACUGCUGACAUCUAUGCUGAAAGCAGGUAACUAGUGGAUAGGAUAGAAAACCACCCCGCUCCUAUAUUAAGAAUCAUUUGUUUGAUUGGUUGGAAUCCAUAAAAUGAGCCCUUGAAAUGACUUGA